UUUUGAAUAAUUUAUCAUUCAAUUUUAAUAAAUUCUUGAUGUUAAAUUUUAUUUUAAAAACGGGAAAAUUUUAUGAGAAGGGAUGUGUUCUCGCGCGAAAGUUGUUAAAUUUUAGUCUCCUCCCCUCACGUUUUUUAAAUACAUUCCCGAGAAUUUGGCCGAUAAAGUUGUUAAAAAGUGCGAAAUAGUAAUUAUAAAAAGAGAAGUUAAAUAAAUGAGGAAAAGACUGCGAGGGAUGGAAGAAGUUUGGGCGCGGGAAGGUUUAGGUGCAAUAACACUUAGGAAAAUGCAGGAGAAACUUGGAUCCGUGAGAUA